AUGCCCUCUUACUAUGGCAGUAUCAUGUCCUCUUACUAUGGCAGUAUGGUGUCCUCUUACUAUGGCAGUAUGGUGUCCUCUUACUAUGGCAGUAUGGUGCCCUCUUACUAUGGCAGUAUGGUGUCCUCUUACUAUGGCAGUAUGGUGUCCUCUUACUAUGGCAGUAUGGUGCCCUCUCACUAUGGCAGUAUGGUGCCCUCUCACUAUGGCAGUAUCAUGUCCUCUUACUAUGGCAGUAUCGUGUCCUCUUACUAUGGCAGUACCGUGCCCUGGCACUAUGGCAGUACCAUGCCCUCUCACUAUGGCAGUAUGGUGCCCUCUCACUAUGGCAGUAUGGUGUUCUCACACUGUGGCAGUAUGUACCAUGCCCUCUCACUAUGGCAGUAUGGUGCCCUCUCACUAUGGCAGUAUGGUGUUAUCACACUGUGGCAGUAUGGUGUCCUCUCACUAUGGCAGUAUGGUGUUCUCACACUGUGGCGGUAUGGUGUUCUCACACUGUGGCAGUAUGGUGUCCUCUCACUAUGGCAGUAUGGUGCCCUCGCACUAUGGCAGUAUCAUGCCCUCUCACUAUGGCAGUAUCAUGCCCUCUCACUAUGGCAGUAUGGUACUAUGGCAUAUGGUGUCCUCUUACUAUGGCAGUAUGGUGCCCUCUUACUAUGGCAGUAUGGUGCCCUCUUACUAUGGCAGUAUCAUGUCCUCUUACUAUGGCAGUAUGGUGUCCUCUUACUAUGGCAGUAUGGUGCCCUCUUACUAUGGCAGUAUGGUGCCCUCUUACUAUGGCAGUAUCGUGCCCUCUCACUAUGGCAGUAUCGUGCCCUCUCACUAUGGCAGUAUCGUGUCCUCUCACUAUGGCAGUAUGGUGCCCUCGCACUAUGGCAGUAUGGUGCCCUCACACUAGGGCAGUAUGGUGCCCUCGCACUAGGGCAGUAUGGUGCCCUCGCACUAGGGCAGUAUGGUAACCUCGCACUGUAG